CAGAAAUUGAACAUAAAAUAGGAAGGACGACACGAGAUCGAAUAUUUUUCUCUGCAAAUCGUAGAAGAUCUUGUUGAUUUUGUUUGUUUGUUCGGUCCGGCUCGAUCUGACGGAUUGUCGGAGAAAAUGUCCGGAUGGAGGGGAUCUAGAUCAAGCUUAGGUGGGCCCGGUUCUCCGUUGUCGGACCGUGUCUCCACGUCUCGAACCGUUCGACUCGGCGGUGUCCAGCCUCAGGCUCCUGGUCACCGCACCAUCUUCUGCAAUGAUCGCGAAGCCAACUUCUUGACCAAAUUCGAGGGUAAUUCUGUAUCAACUACAAAGUAUGACAUUCUUACUUUUUUACCAAAGGGAUUGUUUGAACAGUUCCAUCGGGUAGCCAACUUCUACUUCCUUGUGAUCUCUGUUAUAUCGUGCACUCCAGUCAGUCCUGUUAGUCCAGUUACGAAUGUAGUCCCUUUGUGUCUGGUGCUUCUCGUUUCUCUUAUCAAGGAGGCGUGGGAGGACUGGAAGCGUUUUCAAAAUGAUAUGGCAAUCAAUAAUUCUUCUAUAGACGUGUUGCAAGAUCAGAAGUGGGAAGCUGUGCCCUGGAAGAAGCUGCAGGUUGGAGAUAUUGUCAGAGUUAAGCAGGAUGGAUUCUUUCCUGCAGAUCUGCUAUUCCUUGCUAGCACGAACCCAGAUGGUGUCUGCUACGUUGAGACUGCAAAUCUGGAUGGUGAAACAAAUUUAAAGAUCAGAAAAGCAUUAGAAAAGACCUGGGACUUUGUGACUCCUGAGAAAGUAUCAGAUUUCAAAGGCGAAGUACAAUGUGAGCAACCAAACAAUUCAUUGUAUACUUUCACUGGCAAUCUCAUAAUCCAAAAUCAGACCUUACCUCUCAGUCCAAAUCUAAUGCUGUUGCGAGGAUGCAGUCUCAAGAACACCGAGUACAUAGUUGGCGCUGCCAUUUUUACUGGGCAUGAAACAAAGGUUAUGAUGAAUGCCAUGAAGAUUCCUUCCAAAAGAAGUACUUUGGAGAAGAAACUUGACAAACUUAUACUCACUCUUGUUAGUGUUCUCUUCUGUAUGUGUCUCUUGGGCGCCAUAGGCAGUUUGCUGAAAGUGAUGCACAUUAAUCCCAGUAAUAGAUUUUUGGUGACUGCUUUGAAUAUGUUUACACUAAUUACCCUUUAUUCACCAAUUAUCCCCAUCUCCCUCUAUGUUUCCAUUGAGAUGAUCAAAUUUAUUCAGUCCACCCAAUUUAUCAACAAUGAUUUGUGCAUGUACCAUGUUGAAACCAAUACUCCUGCGUCAGCACGGACUUCCAAUUUGAAUGAGGAACUUGGACAGGUGGAAUACAUAUUUUCUGAUAAAACUGGAACUCUAACAAGAAAUAUGAUGGAGUUCUUUAAGUGUUCAAUUGGAGGAGAAGCAUAUGGCACUGGUGUCAGUGAGAUUGAGAUGGGAACAGCACAGCGAAAUGGCAUAAAGUUUGAGGUUCACAAAUCAUCAAACACUGUGCGCGACAAGGGUUUUAACUUUGAUGAUGCUCGACUUCUUCGAGGUGCUUGGAGGAACGAACCUAAUCCUGAAACAUGCCAGGUAGAUUUAUUUUAA